UUGUUGCUCCAGCUCUUGCUGGACGAUGACCAGGAAGAGAAGCAGCUCUAACAGACAUCCCCCCACUGCAGGAACGAGAGCGUCCACACAGAGCUGGGAAGAGGAAACGGUGCUGAGGACAAGAGGAGAUGCUGACUCAGCUGGUUCUGGGAUGGACUGCCUUGCUCAGCGGCCUCCAAACGGCUGCUCCGUCUGUCACAACCAGAUUUCCAUCGAGCAGAAACAGGUGGUCAGCUCGAAAAUGUGAAGUCUUCAUCCCUCCUCCUCUUCCGCCCCCUUUGUUUCCUCCAAUCAAGCGGAAAGCAGAGCUGAUGGUUGAUAUAACAGAGCACAUCACAGGACUUAAAGGGGAAAAGGGCUGCAGAGGACCCAGAGGACCUAAGGGCUUACCUGGUGUGAAGGGUCCAGAGGGAGAACCAGGGAUACAAGGAGCCAUGGGUCCGCCAGGAGAAAAGGGAGAGAAGGGCAACAGAGGCUGGCGGGGUCUGUAUGGAGACAUAGGAACUCCUGGGAUGAUAAAGGGCAUUAAGGGACGCAAGGGAUUCAGGGGUGAUAAAGGUGAGAAAGGGAAGAGAGGACCCAAAGGAGAGAUGGGUGAGCGUGGCAUCGCUGGAGUAUCUGGAGAGAAGGGCGACCCAGGUCUGCGGGGUGAUCCAGGCCAGAGGGGUGAGCAGGGACCCAGAGGAGAACCUGGAGGCAGAGGAACCACGGGGUUGAAGGGAUCUCGUGGACCUCCAGGGAGGCUGGGUCAUCCUGGUCCAGCAGGACUACCUGGUUUGACUGGGGAUCCUGGACUACCUGGACAAGUGUACGUCCUACCAGGCCUUCAGGGAGACACAGGAAAACCAGGUCCUUCAGCCGAAUGUAGCUGUUCACAGGGUCAAACCCCAGAGCGACUGUUGGACAGAGUCCAGACGAUCUUUAUUGCAGAUGGAGAGAAACAGAUGAGGAGGCUGCGGGGGCAGAACGUCAUGGUGCUGCGGACAGACAGACGGGCUCUGUACAUCUACUCUGAAUCCCAGUGGAUCAACGUACUGGAUUACUCCAGACACUGACCACACUCCAUUCAAUACAGACUGGAAGUGCUAUAUUACUACCACUGAAGUGCCCCUGAGCAAGACACUUCAUCUGACCUGAUCCAGUUGGGCUGCUCAGUGGUCAGUAGCUCACAUUGUGGUUGUACUGGGCAGUUUCCCGGUGUGAAUGCGUGUUAACUGUGUCAUUAUUAUUUUAUUGAAAUGACAUAUUUCAGUGAGUCUUAACUUCAGCAUUUCUGCUAAUAUGAUUUAUACAUGCAUGCCCAUUGUUCCCAGAAUUUACAUUUCAAACAAUCCUUAAACGAUCCACAGUGUUGCUCUUUUCUUCUGAAAUGUUUUCCUCAUGUAAAUAGUUUUGUAUCAUGAAUGUAGAACACAUUAUUUAUUUAAAGUAAAUUCUGUGCAGUAAUCCAACAAAGAGAUCAAUAAAAACCUGAUUACUGUCUUUUGCCUUGAUAUCAGACUAGGAUUUAGGUAGUUUAUUCAUCUUUACUGUUUAUUGUUUAACUGACUAAAUAAAAGACUUUUGCAGAUGAGGGGACACUCAUGUUGCUUUUGUGCAUGGAGUGUGACUAGAGAAUUCAUCGUUUUGAUUUGUGUGUAUGUAAUAGGGAAUCGUGUUGUGGUUCCUGGUGGAAAGUAGGGACAAAUUUACUUGAAAAAGCAAAGGUAGACCUAAAGACAGGUGACAAGGCAAAACCAACAUACGUGUCUUAGCAAUGUUAAUUAAUGUUAAGACACCACAUGCAGCCAGAACAGCUUUAAUUCUCCUUGACAUUGAUUCUAGAAGUCUCUGAAACUAUUCUGCAGGGAUUCUUCUAAAAGAUAAUCCCCUCAUUUGGUAUUUUGAUGAUAGUGGUGGAGAGCGCUAAGAUGUUAGGCCAAAAUCUACCAUAGUUUUGAACUGGGUUGAAAUCUGGUGACUGCAAAGACCACAGGAUAUGAUUCACAUCUUUUUCAUACUCAUCAAAUCCUUUAGUGACCCCUGGUGCCCUGUGGAUGGUGGCACUGUCACUCAUUUUUAAGGUUUUUCCUUUGUCAAUUGUUUGUAUAUGUACAUGUAGACAGUUUGUAGAAAUGGAUAUGAAUUUUAUCUCUGUGGAUUCAGUAGGUAUUCCAUGACUUGCUUAGUCUGCCUUAGCACAAAGACUGAGGUGCUGCAUUUUACACAUCUUUAAUUAUAGACAGCCUCAUUGUUAAGCAACAUUAAAGCCAGUACCCA